UUUUUUCUCUAAACUGUACGUCAGUGAUAAUCUUUUGUCGGCGCAUGCGCACUUUUGUCCGCUCAGUGGGACGUCACCCAGUGCACAAACCGCUCCGGAGAUGAAGACGCCACCCGAUAGGUCGGGUAUCACCUUCGAGGUCGGUGCUCAGCUGGAGGCGCGAGAUCGGCACAAGAACUGGUACACGGCGACCAUCGAGAAGAUCGACUACGACAAAGAGCGAGUCCUGAUCCACUACCGCCAAUGGAGUCGACGCCACAACGAGUGGUUCCAGUGGAGCUCCCCUUAUCUGAGACCGCUGGAGAGAGUCAGCCUGAGGAGACAGGGCCUGAACGCACCAGCACCGAUGUUUGUUUCAGGGUCAAAGGUCAUGGCUUGUUGGACAGACUGUCGUUUCUAUCCCGCCAAAAUUCUUCGGGUCAACAAGGACGAUUCAUACACGGUGCGGUUCUUCGACGGCGUGGUCCGGACGGUGAAGUCCACCAAGCUCAAACCAGUGGAUGAGAAGGACAGGUGUGAUAAAGGAGCAGUGGGCAGUGAAGGAUGGGAGGAAGGAGACAGUGAGGAGGAGGAGGAGGAAGGAGGUCCAAGGGAGGAGGAGGAGAAGAAGGAGGAUGAAGCAGAGGAGGGAGAGGAGACGUCUGGGAAGAAGGAGGAGGAGGAGGAGGACGAGGACAGGAAGAGGAAGGCUGAACCUUCAUCCACACAAACACCAGCAAAGAAGAAACCUGAUGAGAGCAGAAGCAGUAGGGCUCCCGGUCAGCCAAUCAGAGCCGACUACGCGGCGCUGGCCUUGUCUAAUCCCGCCCACAUGGACAGAGAUGUCCUGUUGGAGCGCCAGGCCCACCUGCCCACCACCAACAAAUACAGCCGGGAACCACUUUACAGGGUGAUCAAGAACCAACCCCCCCCCAUCCUCUCCAUCGAACUGGACCACAACCCCUUCAAGUGUCUGGCUGUCGGCUGCACCAAGUCCUUCAGGAAGGCCAGUCUGCUGCACUACCACAUCAAGUACUACCAUAGCGAGCAGCAGGCGGAGCCAAGGGCGGGGCCCGGGGCGGAGCCGACACCCAACAGGAGGAAGUGCCCGUUGUCUGAAGGAGACGACCUCCUGCUGGACAGGACAAUGGAGAGCAGUUGUAACCAUAGAGACGGAGAGCAGGGCGCCAUGGCAACAGAGGUGAAGAAGGACGGAGGCAGAAAAGAGCGGAGACACGUCCUGAGAGACAAACUGAAGAAGAAGAAAAAGAAGAAGAAGAAGAAGAGUCAGUCAGGACUCGGGAGCAGUGACGAUGAAAACGGCGUGCGCCCCCCCCCUCACCCUGAAGCUGAACACCAGAGCCAUGGACCCUCACCCCCCAGGUCUGAACGCUCCGACGACGGCAGCGAUUGGUCAACGCUGACAGCCGAAAGCGGAGAGGACACGCCCUCUUGGCUGGUUGCUAUGGAGACAGAAGAGCGCUGUGAAGUGGUGAGGUGUGUGUGUGAGGUGGACGAGGAGAACGACUUCAUGAUUCAGUGUGAGUCAUGUCAGUGUUGGCAGCAUGGGACGUGUAUGGGUUUAUACGAAGACAGCGUCCCACACAACUACACCUGCUACUACUGUAGACACACAACAGGCUGGAGGCGGGUUCAUCGGUUGCGGCCGGAGCCUGAUUGGCUGUUAUCAGGUCACAUGUUUGGUCUGUCCUGUGUGAAGGAAAACUACUUUGACAUGAACUCGUCCACCAUCGGCCACACCCACCACCUGCUGGCGCACAUGCACAGCCUGGGUCAUGUGAUCAGCGGCCUGCAGCUCAAAGUCAGCCUGUUACACUCACCAUCACACCCCGAUUUGCGUCUGUGGCGGUUACCAUGGCAAUGGGAGGAGGAGGGGCUGAGAGUGAUGGGCGGCGGCGGUCUGAAAGGUGACAUGAGCGUUUGUUACGUCAGCAGCGAACACUGUUACCAGAAACCAGGAGCAUCAUGGGAGAAAUCUGAGGAGGACAUGGACCUAAAGACAGAAGACGUCCAACAGGAGGACACGCCCACAAACCCAAAGACGGAAGACAUCCAACAGGAGGACACGCCCACAGACCCAAAGAUAGAAGACAUCCAACAGGAGGACACGCCCACAGACCCAAAGACAGAAGACGUCCAACAGGAGGACACGCCCACAGACACACACAGACAUGACAAAACACAGCCACAGCCCCACCCACAGCCACCUCCAGCCAAUCAGAAGGCGGUGUCAGAGGUGCAGUGUCAGCUGAACCUCCUGGACCACAUCGAACAGCUGCAUCAGCAGAUCAGUGACAGGAUGGACCAGAUGGAGAAGGAGCUGGAUGUCUUGGAGUCCUGGUUGGACCACUCAGGUGAACUCCAACCUCCCGACCCUUUGUCCCGCCUCCCGCAGCUCAAACAGCGAAUCAGGCGCCUGCUGUGUGACCUGUGUACGGUGAGGCGUCUGUCCGUCUGCCGCUGACCUCUGACCUCCAGACCCUGAAGGACCAGACUGACUCCAGUCAGAACCCAGGACGGCCCCCCAGUGGACGAAUUAGACUCAUUAACAGGACUAGUUAAUGAACCAGGUUGAACCCUGAUGAACUGGUUUAAAUCGACAGUGAAACCAGUGGAUCGACUUCUGCUCACAGUUGAAGACGUUUACAUUUCAGUUCUGAUCUGUGUUGUUGUUUGAUGGAUCAGUGGUUUUUCUACAUGAAAGCUCGAGAACAUCAGAACGUCAUCUGCACUUCCAGCUGUCAUCAUGUGACCUGGUCAGGACCGGAGCUGGUCCUGGAACAGCCGGUUCAGUGUAAAUAGAUGUUUGUAAGAACCGACUGUACAAAGAGCAGAUUUAUUUUAUUAGAAGAGGAACCCUUCAGUUUGUUCUCAUGUUCCAACAGCUCAGAUCUUCCCAUCCUUUCAGUGUUCGAGUCCAGUUGGACUGGACUUUGUUGGAAGUCCAGUUGUUCUGACCUGGUGUUAAACAUCCUGAUCAUUGAACUGUUCCUCUGCUCACUGACACAAAUAAAAAAGAUUUUCAGACAUU